UUCUGUGGUGACCUUUGACCCCUCCAGGUGUUCCACACAGAGUUCAUGUGACAGGUGGGAGGAGCCUCAACACUUCAACACCCGACUGGACCAGUGUGUCGACAUCUCCGUUACCCCGAGCAACAUGUCAGUCACCUCCCCGGCAACACAGCUGACCAUCCGGGUGCAGAACGUCCCCGCUCUGUCCGGAGGCGUCUCCUGUGUGUUCGAGGACCUGAGCGAAAGCCCGGGGGAGGUGCUGGCCAAAGGUCAGGUGAUGUGUUUGUCACCGUCACUGAGAGACCUGCCGGCACACACACACUCCUACGGGGAGAAGCGUGUGGUCCAGCUCAGUCUUCGCUCCACAGAGACCGGACAUCAGUUCAUCACCACCAACUUCAUCUACUACAACUGCUCUGUGCUCAACUCGUGUACUUCCUGUGUCAGCAGUGUGUUUCCGUGUCAUUGGUGUAAAUAUCGUCAUGUCUGCACCAACAACCUGCAGGACUGCUCCUUCCAGGAGGGACGAGUCAGCAACAUGGAGGGCUGUCCUCAGAUCCUCCCCACCUCCGACAUCCUGGUCCCGGCCGGGAUGGUUCGUCCAAUCACGCUGCGAGCUCGUAACCUCCCCCAGCCUCAGUCGGGUCAGAAGAACUACGAGUGUGUGUUCAACAUCCAGGGCAAAGUUCAGCGUAUCCCCGCUGUCCGCUUCAACUCGUCCUGCAUCCAGUGUCAGAACACCUCGUACUGGUACGAGGGGGACGAGGCCGGUGAUCUCCCCGUGGAUUUCUCCAUCGUCUGGGACGGAGAUUUCUUCAUCGACAAGCCUUCGUCUAUGAAAGCGUUGCUGUAUAAGUGCGAGGCUCAGCGCUCCAGCUGCGGUCAGUGUCUCAAAGCUCCUUCAGCCUUCGAGUGCGGAUGGUGCACAGAAACCAGAAAGUGUCUCCUGCAUCAGCACUGUCCGUCCCCGGAGCAGAACUGGAUGCACCACGGUCGACACAACCUGCGCUGCAGCCACCCACGCAUCACUAAGAUCGACCCCCUGACAGGACCCCGGGAGGGGGGGACGCGGGUGACGAUCGAGGGGGAGAACCUGGGUCUGCAGGUGAAGGAGAUCGCUCACGUUCAGGUGGCGGGAGUCCGCUGUAACCCCGUCCCCUCGCAGUACAUCAGCGCUGAGAGGAUUGUGUGCGACAUGGCCGAAGCCCUCCUCCCUCACUCUCCAGGAGGACCUGUGGAGCUCUGCAUCGGCGUCUGCAGCGCCGAGUACCGAACCCUCUCCACGCAGACGUACUCCUUCGUGAGCCCCAGUUUCAGUCGAGUUCGUCCAGAGAAGGGUCCUGUCUCUGGGGGAACCAGGCUGACAGUGACCGGUCGACACCUGGACGCCGGCAGCAGCGUCACCGUUUAUAUCGACAAGGAGGAGUGUCUGUUCGUCAAACGGACCAACCGGGAAAUAAUCUGCAUAACUCCUGCCUCCCUGACGGGUUCUGGCCCCGCCCCCAUCCGUCUGAUGAUUGACAGGGCCGAGGUGACGAGCUCGGAGACCAAGUACAUCUACACCGAGGACCCGACCAUCACCAGCAUCGAACCGAGCUGGACCAUCCUCAAUGGCAGUACAGUGAUAACAGUAACAGGAACCAACCUGCUGACCAUCCAGGAGCCAAAAGUCAGAGCCAAGUACGGAGGAGUGGAAACUAAUAAUUUCUGCACCGUGGUCAACGACAGCACCAUGACGUGUUUGGCUCCUGGUCUGGUUUACAGUAAACCCAACCCUCCAGAGGGGGCGCUGCGGCCCGACGAGUUCGGCUUCAUCUUCGACCAGGUCUCCUCUCUGCUGGUCUUGAACUCCACCCCCUUCACACACUACCCCAACCCGACCUUUGACCCCCUGGGGAACUCUGGGAUCCUGGAGGUCAAACCGGGGUCACCCAUCAUCCUCAAGGGUAAAAACCUGAUCCCUCCCGCCCCCGGUAACAACCGUCUGAACUACACGGUCCUGAUUGGAGAGUCUCCCUGCCUGUUGACCGUGUCAGAGAACCAGCUGCUCUGUGAUUCGCCAAAUCUCACCGGAGAGCAGCGAGUCGUGAUCCUGGUUGGUGGUCUGGAGUACUCCCCGGGUACGCUCCAUAUCUACUCCGACAGCACCCUGACGCUUCCCGCCAUCAUCGGUAUCGGAGCGGGCGGAGGCGUCCUGCUCAUAGCGAUCAUCGCCGUACUGAUCGCCUACAAGAGGAAGACCCGCGAUGCGGACCGGACUCUGAAACGCCUCCAGCUGCAGAUGGACAACCUGGAGAGUCGGGUGGCGCUAGAGUGCAAGGAGGCCUUUGCAGAGCUGCAGACAGACAUCCAGGAACUGACCAACGACAUGGACGGGGUGAAGAUUCCCUUCCUGGAGUAUCGGACCUACACCAUGAGAGUCAUGUUCCCAGGAAUCGAAGAACACCCGGUCCUCAAGGAGCUGGACUCUCCGGCGAACGUAGAGAAAGCUCUGCGUCUCUUCAGUCAGCUGCUCAACAACAAGAUGUUCCUCCUGACCUUCAUCCACACUCUGGAAGCUCAGAGGUCGUUCUCCAUGAGAGACCGAGGCAACGUGGCCUCGCUGCUCAUGGCUGCUCUGCAGGGUCGGAUGGAAUAUGCCACCGUGGUGUUAAAACAGCUGCUCGCCGACCUGAUCGAGAAAAACCUGGAGAACAGAAACCAUCCCAAGCUGCUGCUGAGGAGGACGGAGUCUGUCGCUGAGAAGAUGCUGACUAACUGGUUCACCUUCCUGCUGCAUCGAUUCCUCAAGGAGUGUGCCGGCGAACCUCUCUUCAUGCUGUACUGUGCCAUAAAGCAGCAGAUGGAGAAAGGCCCGAUCGACGCCAUCACAGGAGAAGCUCGCUAUUCUCUGAGCGAAGACAAGCUCAUCAGACAGCAGAUCGACUACAAGCAGCUGACUCUGAUGUGUAUCCCUCCGGAGGGCGAGGCGGGGACGGAGGUGCCGGUGAAGGUGCUGAACUGUGACACUGUGACUCAGGUCAAAGACAAACUGCUGGACGCCGUUUACAAAGGAAUCCCGUUCUCACAGAGACCUCAGGCCGACGACAUGGACCUCGAGUGGCGUCAGGGCCGACUGACCAGGAUCAUCCUGCAGGACGAGGACGUGACCACAAAGAUCGAGAGCGACUGGAAGAGACUGAACACGCUGGCACACUACCAGGUAACAGACGGCUCUCUGGUGGCGCUGGUCCAGAAGCAGGUUUCUGCCUAUAACAUCGCCAACUCCUUCACCUUCACCAGAUCCCUGAGCAGAUACGAGUCGUUACUCCGAACGUCCAGCAGUCCUGACAGUCUGAGAUCCAGAGCUCCAAUGAUCACCCCAGACCAGGAGACAGGAACUAAACUGUGGCACCUGGUGAAGAAUCACGAGCACAGCGACCAGAGAGAAGGAGACAGAGGAAGCAAGAUGGUCUCUGAAAUCUACCUGACCAGACUCCUGGCUACAAAGGGGACGCUACAGAAGUUUGUGGACGACCUGUUUGAGACAGUGUUUAGCACCGCCCACCGCGGCUCUGCGCUCCCAUUGGCUAUCAAGUACAUGUUUGACUUCUUGGAUGAACAGGCCGACAAACGACAGAUCAGCGACCCAGACGUCCGACAUACCUGGAAGAGCAACUGCCUUCCUCUCCGCUUCUGGGUCAACGUCAUUAAAAAUCCUCAGUUUGUGUUCGACAUUCAUAAGAGCAGCAUCACCGACGCCUGUCUGUCAGUCGUCGCUCAGACCUUCAUGGACUCCUGCUCGACGUCCGAACACAGACUCGGCAAAGACUCGCCGUCCAACAAGCUGCUCUACGCUAAAGACAUACCCAACUACAAGAGCUGGGUGGAGAGGUACUACAGGGAUAUUGCAAAGAUGCCGAGCAUCAGUGAUCAGGACAUGGACGCAUACCUGGUCGAACAGUCCCGUCUCCAUGGCAACGAGUUCAACACACUGAGCGCACUCAGUGAGCUCUACUUCUACAUCAACAAGUACAAGGAAGAGAUCCUGACAGCGUUGGACCGGGAUGGUUACUGUCGCAAACACAAACUGAGGCACAAACUGGAGCAAGCCAUUAACCUGAUGUCUGGGAGCAGCUGAGAGGAGGC